UUGCCCUAGCAAGCGCACGCACAAUCACAAUAUCUUAUGGUGGUGUGUAAAUUUAUUUUGAAAUUCGUUUUGUGCAUUUUUUCGAAAUAAAAUACCGUCAUCAGAUUGGCUGGCAGAAAUAAUUCGUUUUCAUUUUAUAAAAUUAUAGGCUAAAAUCAACCGAAUUAUACAGCAUAUUUGUGGAUUUCCUCUUUUAGUUAUUCAAUAAACUUGUAUUCUGAGGUCUAGUAAUAAUAAAAAUAAUAAUAUCAUGUCAACCGUCGCUAUGCCAACUAGUGCUUAUCAAACAGCUACUCCCGAAAACCCUCCACAAAUCUUAACUCCAUUAUCUGGUGGCGGUGACGUACCUGAAGGAGAACCAGUGCAUUUAGAAUUACGAAUUGCUCCUUCGGGUGACUUACAAGUACAAUGGUUUAAAGAUGGUGUUUCAUUAAGCGCAGGUUCUCGUUACAACACUAUGUUUGAACGUGGUUUAGUGUCACUGGAUGUUAUCUAUACAAUCCCAGAGGACAGUGGUGCAUAUUUUUGUGUUAUUUCAAAUCCAUAUGGCCAGGCCCAGAGUGAAGCAGUGAUUGUAAACGUAAUCCCUGAGAUUGAUCCGAGUCAAGAUUACAUGGAUGCACAGUCUGCUGAUCUUUAUCAAGCAACUAGUGCACCGAUAAAAGAAUAUGAACGUGAUCAGCGAAGUCAACCAAAAAGUGCACCACAAUUUACUCAUCAACCGGUGAUUAGUAGUAGUGAUGUUCUUGAAGGCGAGCCAGUCAGAAUAGAAGCAUAUUUGAAUACAACAUGUGAUUCAACACUACAAGUUGAUUGGAUGCAAAAUGGAAAACCAGUUGGUACAGGAAGCCGUUUCAACGCUGUUCUCGACAGAGGUUUAGUCGUUCUGGAAAUCGGGUACUGCUUAGCUGAAGAUAGUGGGUUGUAUGUCUGUGUAGCUACAAAUGCACUUGGCCGUACGGAGAGCCAACCUGUGGAAUUGAGAUGUCAGCCAGAAGAACGAAUUGUUACCAAAUCAAUUCUGGAUCAACAAUCUAUAAAUCAUUUGAAACAAUUAGAGGAACCUGGAGAGGAUUAUGAUUACGUGAUCAACUCAACUGUUCAGGGCGUACCCCCGUCUUUCAAAUCGAGUUUAGAACCUUCUUCAGUCCAGGUGAAUGAAGAUGAACCCGUAGUGUUUUCUGUACCUGUCGAUUGUGGAAACGGAGAUCGUAUGGUUAUUGAGUGGAAACAUGAUGGCCAAGUUGUUAAAACAGGUUCUCGAAUCACAGGAAGUUUAGAACUUGGGAUAGCCAGUUUGAAAAUUCAUUAUGCUCAACCGAGUGAUACAGGCGUAUACACUUGUCAUGUCUCGACAGAACAUGGAUCAGCUGACUGUGGUCCUUCCAACUUGUUAUGUGAAGCUACUGGAAGUAUAAUUGCUGCAAGUCAACUUCCAGGUGAUAAGGAAAAAGGUCUUCUGGCUAUUGAAGCCAUAGAAGCAAACCUACAUGCACCGCGUGGUACUGUAUGGGAAGAUGAUAGUCCACACGAGGCACCUGUUAUUAUUCAACAACCACAAUUCGUUGGUGAAAUUGAGGAAGGGACAGCUAUUCAUUUCGAUGUUCAGGUAGAGCCGGCUUCUGAUCCUUCACUCAUUGUUGAAUGGUUUAAAAGUGGCAAUUUAUUAACAAGUGGGACAAGAUUUAAAGUUGCUUAUGAAAGAGGAUUGGCUACUCUAGAUCUUUUGUAUACUGUUCCUGAAGAUAGCGGUGAAUAUUGGUGUUGUGUAGCGAAUAAAUCUGGUCAUGUGGAAAGCAAUCAUAUAGAAGUCUUAUGUCAUGCUAGUGCAUCUGUAAUUACACACAGCAAUCUUCUACAAGGUUCAGAAGGUUACAAUUUAAUCAAGGCUAUUGAAGAAGUUGAACAACCAGACGGUGAUGCAUACAGGUAUAUAGAAGACGAAGAAGUGGAUUCAGCUCCAAACUUUGAUGUAAAGCCUCAACCUGCUACAAUAGGUGAAGGUUCUCCAGUGAAAUUUUUAGUACGUGUCAGUGGUAAACCAACACCACAGUUGACUUGGUAUUUAAAUGAUGAACCAAUUGAACAAGAUUCAAUUACAAAAAUUUAUAGUGAUGGUGCAAUAAACUACUUAGAAAUGAAUCGUUGUCCAGCUUUACAAGGAACUAACAAAUUACAUGUGAUUGCACAAAAUGAACUAGGGAAAGCUGAAGCUGAAACAAUUCUUACAGUUGUAUUAGCAGAAGAUUUCAGACCGGAUUUAAAACAUGUUAAACCAGAAAAUCCAUACAAAAAGAUGGUUGGAUUGCGUAAAGUGGAUUGUUCUCCAGAACUGAAUAAAGCUUUGACAAGAACUAAACCAUCUGCACAAACAAUUAUGGAAAUGGAAAGAGGCUCAGAAAUGAAAGCACGCAUGUAUCGUUCACCGGAAGUAGUUGAAGCGGAAAAAAUGUUGGAUCAACUUGCUUCAAGUUUGAGAAAAUCUGAAGUCAAACGACCUUUAGUAAAUGGUAGCCACCAGAACGAUGAAGCUUAAUUCUGACACGAAAUUACCAAACACAAACUCGUUUGGAUAGCAUUGGAAUACAUUGACAAUCAUAUUUAAAGUUAAUAUCAAUUAAAUUAUUCUAUUUAACAAAUGUUCAUUUACUACAUCAAAUAAAUUUAUGAAUAAUCAAAAAUUUUUGGCAAAUCUUGGUGCAUUUCACAAAACAAAAUUGAAAGAUAAGCAUCAAUUAAAACAUUCUACACAAACAAUCGAUGUUAUCAUCAUGUAUUUAUAUUAUUUACGUUAAGCUUAUCUAAUGUUCAAUCUUUCUUCUUCAACACUGACUUUCAGUAGCGUUGUCUUUUCGUCAUAUUUAAUUCGAAACAUUUAUUUAAGUCAUUUUAUUGUGCUCACAAGCAAAUAUUGACAUUUAACAUUGAAUAAUACAAUUUUUCAACUAUUAAUUAACUGGUUGGUUUAUUGUUUGUGCUAAAUGUUACAACCAUAGCUUUAUUAUUCAUUCUUAUAAUUAUCUAGUGAAGUAAUUUCAGCCAAUCACAUUCAUAUCAAAACACAAGCAUUUAUUUCGAAUAAUAAGAAAUUUAUUUAAUAAUAGUGCUAAUAAUCUUUUAAACAGUUAAAAGUUGAAUAGAUUAAUAGCAUUAUAAUGCAAUGAUUUAUGUCCACAUUUAAUUGAAACUAAUUGUGAAUAACCCAAAAAACAAGUUUAUGCGUGAAUUUUGACAAUAACAAUUAAUAGUAAUGAAAAUUUAAUCUUCAUAUGACAUGCAUAUUUAAAAUGUUCAAUUUCUUGUUAGAAUGUUAAUUAUUUAACAGUUUUUCUUUGAUUUUGCUUUGGUUCAUGGAAAGAAAAAAGAUGAAAUGUAUUAUCAUCAAUAUAACAUUUACUUUUUUACUAAACGCAUGUCACUUGUUAAACUAAUCACAAAUAGUUUAUUAAUAAUGAUAAAACAUUUACUUGAAGACAUUCGUUCUACGUCUAGCAUUAUAGAAACUCUUCUCGGCAUGUUUUAGAGUAUUAAAAGUAUUCACAUAGUGAGAAUAUUAUGAAAACGAUAUAAGUGUAGUAAGAUGUUGGGACUUUGUAGUCGAAUGUAAUGUGAUGUAUUCAAAGAACUAAUCCGGUAUAUUUAUCCUUAACAUUAGACGCAUGUCUCAAAU